AUUUAAGAGGUUGUAGGAAUGGGCUGAAAAUCGGCUUUUGUUUUCUGUGCAGACAGGCACACUCCCAUCUGAUUUGGGCCAUCUCUCAGCUGCGGAGUGAAGGGGGAAAAAUAACCUUCGGACUCCCUGCCACCAUGUGCUAUGGCAAAUGCGCACGAUGUAUCGGACAAUCUCUGGUGGGGCUCGCCAUCCUCUGCAUUGUAGCUAACAUCUUGCUGUACUUUCCCAACGGGGAAACAAAGUACGCCUCUGAAGAACACCUUAGCAAGUUCGUGUGGUUCUUUUCAGGCAUCAUAGGAGGGGGCUUGCUGAUAUUCCUGCCAGCAUUUGUCUUUAUUGGGUUGGAACAAGAGGACUGCUGUGGCUGUUGCGGCCUUGACAACUGUGGCAAGAGAUGUGCGAUGCUUUCUUCUGUGCUGGCAUCUCUCAUCGGAAUUGCAGGGUCUGGCUACUGCGUCGUUGUGGCAGCUCUGGGCUUAGCGGCAGGACCACUAUGUCUUGAUUCCUCCAACCAGUGGAACUAUACCUUUCUGGACACUGAAGGACAAUACCUUCUGGACAAAUCCACAUGGUCCCAGUGCAUUGAACCCAGGCAUGUUGUGGAAUGGAAUGUUUCUCUGUUUUCUAUACUCUUGGCACUAGGUGGAAUUGAAUUCAUCUUGUGUCUCAUUCAAGUAAUAAACGGAAUGCUUGGAGGCAUAUGUGGCUAUUGCUGUACUCACCAUCAGCAAUAUGACUGUUAAAAUAACCACCCCAAGACAGAACCACAAUCUUCCUUUAUUUCAAUGUAAUUUAUAUAUUUUACUUGUAUUAAUUUGUAAAACUUUGUACUAGUGUGUCAUACUUCUUAUAUACUCCUUUUAUAAGUUUGUGUCAAGACUAGCAUUUUCAUGUGAUGUCAGUGUUUGCACUUUGCAAACAAAUAUCUAUAUUUUUUAUGGAAUGAGAAAAUAAACCACACUCUUGAGGUAAUUUACAGAUGAAGUAAUGGUCCUCAGUGCAUCUGACAUAAGCUCUGGCUUGAAAUAAUGUUUUUAAGAAACACUGCAAUGAUAAAUAUUACAUCCAAAUUUCUGCUGUAUAUAUGUGUUUGUGAUUAUUAAGUGAAAGAUUUCUAGUAGCUUUUUAAGAUCAUGAAGGAGAAAAUCCAACAACUUGAAAAGAUGAAGCCUCUAACAUGAAGCCUCUGCACUGUUUUUGCCUUCUGGGAGGGACAGCUCCUUGCCCAGAGUGGGAGGACUGACUCACAAUGCUCCAAGUCUAAUGAAUGAGUCAAAACAUACAAUGCUGCUGGUUGCUGCAAGCACUUCCAGAUCCUAAGUUUUCCUAACAGUGCAAACUGUUUUGUCCUUCAAAGGCAAGCACUGAGGAUUACAUAUUUAAGAAGAAAAAGGCCUGGAUAAUUAGACAGGAAGGAUGAUGAGAAACGGAAUAAACCACCAUGAGAAAACGGGGGAGAAGGGAAACAAGGCAGGAGGACCACAAGGAAAUAUCCCUAAUUUGCUUGUUUAAAUAUUAAUACAACAAAAUAAAGUAACCACUACCAUU